UGGGCUGAAGAUUUUGAAUUUGUGAUAGGUACAGUGUUUCAAGGACUUCCUUUUUUCUACCAAAUUGACUUUGAGCAUCCAUGAUGGCUUCUUCUUUUAUAAAUUGAAGAGAAAACCAAACCAAAAGAUUACAGAGAGAGGGGGGACACACAGCUGAAACAGAUAAACAUCAAGAUGGGUUCCCAAAAACACGUCGUUCUUUUGUUAUCAGUGCUUUUGAUUCUCAAUUCCCUUCUCUUUUCCGGUGCCGAUGAAGAUCACUAUUACGAAUUUAUUUUGCAAGAAACAGAGAUUACGAAGCUAUACAGCACAAAAACCAUAUUGACAGUGAACGGCAGUUUUCCAGGGCCUGAGAUUCGGGUUCGAAGAGGCGACACUGUUUAUGUCAAUGUCCUCAAUCAAGGAAGAUCUGCUGUUUCCUUUGAUUGGCAAGGGUUUGAGGAUCCGGUUGAUGGUUCAAACGAGUUGAUCCAGCCUGGUAAAAACUUCACUUACGAGAUCGAAUUAGACGAUGAAAUCGGAACUUUAUGGUGGCAUGCAAGGAGUGCUUGGGCUAAAGCUACCGUCCAUGGCGCCUUUGUCAUUUUACCGGCGGCCGAUGAAGAGUAUCCUUUCCCUACACCUACGUCAGAUCAAAUCAUUAUAUUCGGAGAAUGGUUUAAACAAGAGUUAACGGAAGCUAAUGAAACCAUUGCUGCUGGCCAAGCAGACGGUUACACAAUCAAUGGCCAUCUUGGAGAAACAUAUGGAUGCAGUAACGAUACAACAUAUCUGCUAGAAGUGGCUUACGAGGGUCUUUACCUUCUUCGUUUAAUAAAUGCCGUUGCCAACGAAACAAUGGUGUUCGCCAUCGCGCAGCACAGUUUCACGACCGUCGGACAAAACGCGACAUAUUCCCAACGCUCUUUCUCAACUUCUCUUACGUUAGCACCGGGCCAGACGCUCGACGUUUUGCUCAGCGCAAACCAAAAUGUCGGCCAGUAUUACAUCACUGCUCAACCUUCCUCUGGCAGGCAUAAUACCACCGGAGUUAUACAGUAUCUCACCAGCACUGGUGUUUAAUUUAGUUACUUGGUUUUUGGGAUUCCAUUGUUAUAGUUUGUUUAUGAAAUAAGACAUUCAGUAGGGCAGACCACUAUAUAUAUAUAUAUAAUAAUUUCGAUGCCCUUUCAACAAUCCUGCUGGUGGAAAAAAUUUGUGUUUUUCCAUUAAAAGGUUGUUCGUUGGUUGUAACAUAUGUAUUUGUUCUUUGAAUGAUUAAUGUCUUAUAUUGCAUUCUUUA